AUGAUCUGCACCGUCGCGAGCCUGGACCACCUUGUCCUCACCGUCCGCUCAAUCCCAGCCACAAUCGCAUUCUACCAGCGACUCGGUAUGCGCCACGAGACUUUCAGCCCACCCCUCACGCCAACUCUUGUCCGGCAUGCGCUCCUUUUCGGCCCCAGCAAGAUCAAUCUCCACGAGUCGGGAAACGAGUUUGAGCCCAAAGCUGCCAACGUUAUGCCAGGCAGUGCAGACAUCUGCCUCCUCGUCAACGAGGAUGUGGAAGUUGUGAGGGAGAACUUGGUCAAGGAAGGGGUGGAGGUGCUCGAGGGCGGUGGGGUCGUCCCGAGGACUGGCGCCAGGGGGAAGAUUAGGAGCGUGUAUGUGAGGGACCCAGACGGUAACCUUGUCGAGCUGUCAAACUACGCGGGUCAAGCGGCGGCUUGA